AUGUCGCCGUCGAGCCACUGCAUUCCCCUUUUGGUACUGUUACUAGCAUUAUCCUUGACCACCGCAGUUUCCCCGGUGGCUGCCGCGCAGCAAGCUGAUGAGCUCUUGCGGCGGUGCGACGACACAUGCGGCGGCGUUCAAAUUCCAUACCCCUUCUACGUUAGCCCUUCUGCCAAGUGCGGCCCUCCCCCGUCCGAAGCCUUCCGCCUUUCUUGCAACGGCAGUGUCAAUUCCUCUUCCUCUCAUAUUUUCUUCCGGAGCUACCGCGUCCUCCGCUUCUUCCCCGACGGCCUCCUCCUGGAUUUCCCCAACUCCUCCUCCGUCUGCCGCCGCUACGCCGACCUCGCGUCCUUCGGAUUCGCCGGGAAUAACGACGGCUACUUCGGCGUCUCCACUGACAACGUCUUCGACUUGUACGGCUGCGAGGAUUCUUCGGUCUGCAGAGGCGAUUGCGGCGGCAGUUUAAUCCCCGCCGCCGCAUGCGCCGGCACCGCUGGCGGCCGCCCCGGCUGCUGCUUCCCGCUGUCCGAUCGCGCGGGCUGGACGGGUUUUUCCAUGUUUGCCCAGCUGGGUUGCAGGGGAUUUUCGUCGUGGGUGGUCUCCCCUGACAGUAAAGGCGGCAGUGAGAGAGAGAGAGGGAUUAAAGUGGAAUGGGCGAUUCCUAGCAACUCUUCGGAACAGAUUUGUGCCCUUAACGCCAAAAUCAUCGCAGCUUCCUCUGUUAUCUCAGGGGUAAGAUGCCAUUGUGAAGAUGGAUUUGCAGGGGAUGGCUUUACUUCUGGAGUUGGUUGUCUCAAGUCGUGCUUCAAAGAAGGGAAGGAAGUAUAUGGUCAAGAUUGUUAUGCAAAAUCACACAGACCAAUCAAAACAAAAAUUUUAGUCGGAGUCGUUACUUCAACAUUAACCAUUGCCUCCCUGACUGCACUUUUUUGUCUUCUAAGACGCCCCGCCAUGAAAGACGCUGACAGAUUUGAUCCUGAACAUAUCCACCAAACUCAGACCAACAUCUCCUUCCAAGACGCCUACACCACUCAUCAACUAUUCAAUUACAGUGAGCUAGAAGAGGCCACGGGGGGAUUCGCAGAUGCCCACAUUCUAUGCCAUGGCAACAAGGCCAAACUAUACGCCGGAACUCUCGUAAACGCCUCUCCAAUAGCCGUGCACAAGAUACAAUGCGACGGCCAAAGGGAUCUCCUCCAAACCUUAUCUGCAACCGAGAGGGUCUCCGCCGUUUUACACCGGAACCUCGCCCGCCCCCUCGGCUGCUCCGUCGGCUCUGGCCACACAUUGUUGGUCGUGUACGGCGGCUCCGCCAAUGGAACCCUCAUGGACCACUUGCGCCAUGGCCAAAGUGGAGCCCUCGAGUGGUGCGACCGGCUGGGCAUUGUUGCAGAAACGGCGAGCGUUCUUGCAUUCCUGCAGUGCGAGAUUUGUCCGCCCAUCUUCCACCACAAUCUGCAGUCUGGGUAUAUCUUCUUGGACGGCGAUUGGUCCGCCCAUGUCUCUGGGUUCGAGCUGGUAUCCGAUCUAGAUAGCCAGGCGGACGAGGAUGACGAGAAGAAGCAGGCCAUGAGCGAUGUGUACGACUUAGGAUUGCUUCUGCUGGAGAUUAUCAUGGGUGCGGAUGAACAUCAACUAUCAGACGAUCAUCGGCACCAGCACGCAAAGCUAGCGCUACAGAAGAUAAGGAGUGGGAAGAUAGAGGAGAUUGUGGAUGCGCAUCUUAAUUACCACGACCAGACGCCCUCGAAGCAAGAGGAGAUAGAUAUUGUGGCGGACCUUGCAACCAGAUGCCUACUGUUCAGCGGAGAUGGCAAGAUUCACAUGGCGGAUGUCGCCAGGGAGUUGCUUCACUUGACCAAUAAAGACGCUAGCAGGCGCAAGCGAGGCCACUCUACAUCAGCAUUGGAAGAGACAUUUUCUAAUUCCAGCCUCCUUCAGAUGAUAUCAAUGUCCCCCGACUCCAUUUUUAUCCCCUCUGCAGCCAGAGGAUUCUCAUAAUCUGAAUGUCAUUUUAGACCAGAUUAGACUCCACGAUGCAAUGUGAACCUUAAUUGGCUAAUUUAUGGUAUAAU